AUGGAGCGGAUUUUUGCUCUGUCGCCAACGCCGACUGUCGUCCUGGACAAGGAUUUCCAGGUGGUCAUGCUUUCGAAUGCCUGGCGGAAGCUGGUCCAUAUGCCCCUGGAAAAAGUUCGCGGCAAAAACUUUCUGGAAACGAUCGGCGACUUGGGCCUUCCAACAGAUGCCGUCACCACCAGCCAACUAAUUCAGGGUGCAAUCGCAAGCCGCAAGGAGCAGCGCUCUGAACCCCUACCAGGGAUCCCGUCUCCUAGCUAUUGGCGGGUCCGGGUGGUACCGAUUUUUGACGAGGACCAACUUCUUUAUCUGGUUGUUGAGGGCGUAGACGCCACGGAAGAAGUCCAAAGGACGAAAGACCAAAUCGCUCAACUGUCGUCGGCCGAGACAUAUCGCAUCUUGGUCAGCACCCUUCGAGACUACGCGAUUUUCAUGCUCGACACUAAUGGAUGUAUCACCACCUGGAAUACCGGCGCCAUGUUACUCAAACAGUACCAACGGGAAGAAAUCCUUGGGAAACAUUUCUCGACUUUCUACAGCGAAGAGGACCGAAAGGCUCGGAAACCCGAAAAGGAGCUGGAAGUAGCCCUUCGAGAGGGAAAAGUGGAAGACGAAGGCUGGCGUGUCAAAAAGGACGGGUCUAGGUUUUGGGCGAACGUCAUCAUCUCUCCUGUCUACCGCGACGGCGUUUUGACCGGCUACAGCAAGAUCACGAGAGAUUUGACAGAACGAAAGGCGGGAGAAGCACGGCUGAUUGCUGCCUACGAAGAGGCAUCCAAAAUGAAGUCCGACUUCUUGGCUAACAUGAGCCACGAAAUUAGAACGCCGAUGCAUGGGAUGCUCUCUGCCUUAUCGCUACUGAUCGACACAGGACUCACAAAGGAACAGAAAGAGCUGGCCAACAUUAUCGAUGAAUCGGGGGCCAUCCUGCUGCAGGUCAUCAAUGACAUCCUCGACUACUCCAAGCUCAGCUCUGGUUCAUUCUCACUCAACAAAGAGGUCAUGAACAUCGCCGAAAUUGUCGCCGCAGUACGACGGUGUUUCAACAUCGGAUCCUCAGAGAAUUUGAGAUUUGAAAUCGACCUCGAUCCCCACCUCCCGACCUUCGCCCUGGGAGAUCCUCUUCGGUAUCGUCAGAUCUUGCAAAACCUGGUGUCAAAUGCAGUCAAAUUCACCGAUAGAGGGUACGUGCGCGUCAAAGUCGGCCUCACCCACGAGGACGAAGCCUCCUAUGACAUAAAAACAGAAGUGAUCGAUUCGGGUAUUGGUGUAACCCCCGAGGCGGAGAACGUUUUGUUCACCCCCUUCACCCAACUGGACACCUCUUCGACCAAGAGAUACAAGGGCACUGGACUUGGUCUUUCCAUCUGUAAAAGUCUGGCCGAACUGAUGGGUGGGGUGGUCGGUUAUAUGCGGAAUCCGGAGCAACAGGGAAGCAUAUUCUAUUUCACAUCCAAAGUCAACAAACUAGAAGCCUCACCAGUCAAACCACUCGCCAAAGCCGUGCCGGAUGCGGAUCUGAAGAAGUUGGCACAGACAAAGCACAUACUUCUCGUCGAAGAUAACGCCAUAAAUCAAACCAUCAUGGUUCGUCUAUUGCGCAGCUUUGGCUUUGAGAAAGUGGACGUGGCUGCUGAUGGUGCGGAGGGGGUGAGGAUGGUAACCCAAAAGCCUCUGGCUUACAGCCUGGUUUUGAUGGACAUUUCCAUGCCCGUGAUGGACGGUGUAACCGCCACAAGGAGGAUUCGAGAGGCCGGCCACGUGGUUCCCAUUAUCGCAAUGACCGCGAAUGCGUUGAAAGGAGACGAAGAAGCGUACCUCGCUGAAGGCAUGAACGACUAUAUCGCCAAACCUGUGGACAGAAGACUCCUCAUGGAGUCGUUAGUGAGAUGGUUGCGUUGA